UUGAUGACGUCUUAUUUCAGCGUCCAAACGUUAUGAAAUGGCAGAAAGGAGGGGCAGAUAUCAGUACGAUAUUUAGUCAUUUGUACAGCAGAUCUAUUUUAACCCAGUAAACAAAUACGCCUCGGAGUGAUUUAUACAUUUCAGAGCUCGUUGCCAACUGCAGUCAGUCAUGUCUGUGCAUUUCGAGGAAAGGAGCGGCGUCGUGCCGUGUAAGACCCUGUGGGGGUCUUGGUAUCAGACUAUGGAGGAAGUUUUUAUAGAGGUAAACGUAUCUCCGGGGACUUCGGCCAAAGACAUCAAGUGUAAUCUCGGAAGCAGCCAGAUCGAGCUGUGUGCGAAAGGAAAGGAGAUCAUUAAGGGAAAGCUGUUUGGUACCACUGUUUCGGAUGAAGCAACCUGGACUCUAGAGGACGGCAAGCUAAUCCGCAUCAUUCUAAUGAAGACGAACCGGGAGGCAGGAAAUUGCUGGCUGUCGCUAUUGGAGGGCCAGUAUUGUGCCGACCCCUGGGUCCAGGACCAGAUGCAGAGGAAACUAACUCUGGAGAGAUUCCAGAGAGAGAAUCCUGGAUUUGACUUCAGUGGUGCAGCAAUUUCGGGAAAUUUUGCUGGUGGCGGACCAGAUUUCUCGAACUUGAAGUGAGACAUUUAAGGGUGACCCCAAUGACAAAAGACGCAAACUGCAGUCUUCCAUUACCUUCCCGACCCGUGGAGGACCGCGCAGUGAAAUUUGGUUGGACGAGUUCUGUGGAGCUGGCAGCACGACAGGAGAAGGUGUCAGUGUUAGUUCAGUUCUGGGAACUGGCAAAGCGUUGUGACGCUGGCUAAAUAAAGACUGCUUGUGAUUAAAUAGGUUUACUGUCUGAUCUGAUGAGUUUCAUUGUGGAAAAAUAAAGGGAAGCACAGUCUUCCAUUUUACCGUAAGCAUAUAACCGGUUUUCACAACGGCAAAGGAUGGAUGAGACCAGGAACUGCAUUUCAAUAACAUUUUAUUGAAAGGUAUAUACUUGUCACAUUCUGGCACUCUGGAACAUCACACACACUCCCUCUGGGAGCCCUUAAAGACUGGGUGUGUUCACAUGCAUUAUGAAGUACUACUGGCAUCCUUCACAGUUUGGCUGGGUGAAAUAUUUCUGCAUUUGGGGAAAAUUCACAUCUAGAUAAUGUUCAAUCUGUAGUCCGUUAAGGAGAAUCCAAUUCAGAAAACUAAAAUUCAGAGACACGUUAAUAAAGUGCAGUUUUAAUGUCGGAAAUGACAUCAUAUCAGUAACCAACUGUAGCUCUUAAUUUUUAAACUUCAUUUCACAGGUUUAGGAUGCAUUUCCUGGAAACUGUAGAUACCUUAGUUUGUUUAUGCUGCU